AUGCGCGCACUCACCGCCCUUCGACCCUUGGCAGGCCUCCGACGCGCCAUCCCCCUGCAACGCAGCUUCGGGUUCUCGAGUGGAGCUAGCGGGUUCGGCGACGACGCCUUUCCCGUCGUGCGCGACGCACUCGUCCCCAUCGUCGUCGAGCAGACUGCACGCGGCGAGCGGAGCUACGAUAUCUUCUCGCGUCUCCUUCGCGAACGCGUCAUCUUCCUCGGUGGACCGGUCAUGGACUCGAUGUCAUCCCUCAUCACUGCGCAGCUCCUCUUCCUCGAGGCCGAGGACGCAUCGCGGCCUAUCCGGCUGUACAUCAACUCUCCUGGCGGGAGUGUGACGGCCGGCCUCGCCAUAUACGACACGAUGCAGUACAUCACGAGCCCCGUGCACACGUUCUGUCUCGGGCAGGCGGCGAGCAUGGGCUCGCUCCUCCUCGCGGGUGGGGAGAAGGGCAAACGGUACGCGCUCAAGAAUUCGAGCGUAAUGAUUCACCAACCGUCAGGCGGGGCGAGCGGCCAGGCAUCUGACAUCGCGCUCCACGCCAAGGAGAUCCUGAGGAUACGCUCCGUGCUUACCGACAUCUAUGCGGACCACUGCCUGCGCGAGGGCGAGACGCACGAUGCUGCGCGCGAUCGUUUCGAAAAGGCUCUUGAGCGUGACUACUUUAUGACGGCAGCCGAAGCGGUAGACUUUGGCAUUGUGGACCGUAUCGUCGAGCGGCGCGCCAAGGACGAAAUCGAGGAUGAGCCAAAGCCCACCGAGGCACAAGAGGGAGAACCAAGUAGCUAG